GGUUGCAAAAAGGAAGGUUGAUUGAUGUCCCGUGAUUCCCUCCUUUACCAGCCACCACUCACCACGAUCUGUUUGUAACCUCGCGCUCCAGGAAAGCGAAACCGGCGUCUUUCCCUCCUAUUAUAAUAUUUAAAUAUUUAAAUCAAUCUGGAUGAAGAGGAGAGUAAAAUGAUAGCUGCCUCCGAGCCUCAGGAGUUUGUCCCUUUUGGGAGGCAGCAGAUGAAACACCACCCAGGGGUGGUUGCUAUUUCUAACAUACUCAAAAGAGGUCACAAUGAGGCAUAUCUAGCUCAAAGGUUCAGCCAGGUUAAUUUGGAUGACAACACACAAGAAUGGUGGACGUUAAGAAAUGGAUAUCAUAACGGUUCAAAUUCUUGUGAGACAAACACAGAGGGGAUCGCAAUCGAGGAGGAGCUGUACUUGAGUGGGAGGACUGUCAUCGUCAGCCGUGGGAGCGUUGGAAGGUCAGUUUCAACCGGCAAAGCCAGCAAAAAUGGCGGACGAAUUCUUAAAGUCUGCUACUCAAUGGAGUGUCCAGUUCAUCAAGCACUUUGGUGCCAGUUUCCAGACACUCUAGAUAAAGAUAAACCAAAACUGUGCAUUUUGGACAGUGAUAAAAUUAGUGUUUAUUGUGAUGGGGGUUCAGACUAUACAACUCCUUUGCAGUUCAAGGUCACAAAUGCUUGGGCUACCAAAUUCGGCCUCCUUAUUGAAAGGGUGGUGCAUUACCAUUUAGACAGAAGUACUUUAGAAUCAUGUGGUUGUGAAGGACUAACUACGUUAUUCUCCCUCCUGCAUCCACUUGAUGAAAUAUCUCCAGUAUUAUCUGUAAAACAAGGUGGUGUCUUGAGUUAUAUGAACGAUCCGUUUCUCAAAAUUGUAUUUACAAGCGAAGAACCUUCUCUUUGCCUCAUACACAAUAUUAGAACUGGAACCCACAGUAUUUGGAAAAUUAGAAAAGCAUUGGCAGAAGAAUGCCAAUGGAUGUGUGGACAAGAAUCAGGUAUGACUGUGAAUACGACAGCAACCAAUAUGAGUGGAAGCAAUUUAAGCACUGGCAGUGUUCACUUGAACGUCUCAAUGCGUGCUGUAUCACUCAACAGGUCAGUGUUGAUGGGAAGUGGUGCUGGAAGCCCUUUGUUCGGGAGAUCAAACACUAGUCAGGCUCUUAUGCAUUCGCUCAGUCCUCACAGCCCUCAUCAUUAUUCUGUGCAUUCACCUUUAACAAAUUAUUCUCCAAAGACUUAUGGAAAUUUUGUCAAGGAAUCGUUUACAAGUAGCGCUUCUUCUGUUGAAGCUCGGCUCGGUGGAAGCAUAGCCCCUCAAAUUGCCGAGCCAAAGCCAAUAGUGCCCGAACUGUGCUUGGAAUAUGUUUGGACAGAAACUUCAACUCCCAGUUUUAGAAGUUACAGAGAUCAAAGUAGUAUGGCCUCCAAAUCGUUUCUGUCUAAAGAUACUCUAGGCCAGGAAUAUCUGUGUUAUUUAGUCAACUCCAGCCUCGUUCUUGUAAGGUUGAAUAGAACAAAUAAUACAAGGAUGCCAGAAUUGAUUGUAGGCUCUGUUAGCUCUAUUCCAGCUAAGGAUGCAGUCCCUAUACCCGCAUUGCAGAUGAUUGCAAUAUUAGAGGCUGGUGGUUGUGUGAUGCUUUAUACUGGUUGCACGACGAUCGGCAAAUUACACAUCGCAGGAAUUUCUGCUGAGCUAGCCAGUGUUUCUUAUUUGACCAACAUAUCUCUGGUUACUACUAUUAACUCUCCUUUCCCAAAAGGGAUUGAACCAAGAAACAACUUAUUAUCUUCAACUAGAAUCGGUGAAGGUACUUUUGAUGAGCGAGUGUACCUUCUCUCGCCUGUCACAUCAUCAUUUAACGAAAGUCAGACAAAUUCAAGUCCGGGCGACAUGCAGCAACCAACAGGGUCAAGGGAAGCGAUACAGAGUCUGAGAGAUCCUGUUGGAACAAGAUUUACAAUUGAAUACUCCAAUGGGUCUAUGUUUAGAUUUGCACUGCCUGAAUUUGCCUCAUCGCCCCUUGUAAGGGAGUGUAUUAAAGUUUUGAAGUGCAUUUUACAAAAAGACAUCGCAUUGCUUACAAUAGCUAAAUGGUACACUACUAGGAAUGCUCCAGGAACUCAGGACAUAUCGCCAAAACAAGAAUGGCACUUGUUUAUUUCAUGUUUACUUGAUCUCCUUGGGUACCAGUUGGAAUUCUUGCCUCUUGUAAGUUAUUACCUUCAUUCUGAUUGUGAUACGCCAGCAAAAAACACUAAAAAAAUGAGGGCUUCUGAUCUCGGCUCAAAUGAUGACUGGUCGUAUCUAAUUAGUUCAGCUUAUCAUGACAUGAUGUGCCAGGACUUUGGCCUGUCGUUAGGCUUGCACGAGCAGUCGCCAAACUGCCACGGCUAUGAACAAAAUGCAUCACAAGAAGGACAUUCAGAAAUUAACACUUCUGCACUUUUGUAUCCGUACUUUCACUUGAUUGUUUUCAGUUUUCAUCUCCUCUAUGAGGAAAUAAAACUGAAACCAAUUUUAUACGAGUGCUUGCCGCUCCUGACACGUCUUCUACAUCAGCUGUGUAGCGACUUAAGACUUCAUGAAUAUUGUUCUUAUUAUUGGAGAGAUUUCCCGAAUGAAUGUACAUUGACCAAUAUUCAGGAUAGUCAAAUAAGUGAUGAAGAAGUUGCUAAAUUUCAAUGGCCUUCCUUUAUGUCGAAACAACCUUGCAGUAUUUUUGAACAAAUUUACGGAUUGGUGACAAAGGAAAUUAACAUUCCUCCUUAUCUUUACAUUACAGGCGUUAACACUCUCAGUAGAAAUAUAUUAGAGAUUCUAGGCAUGUUGAUGAAUUCUCAAAAAGAAAAUUUGAGAAAUGUAGUCCCUCCUGGUAGUCGAAGUACAACUCCUCAUAUGUCCAUGUCUCUAGAUCCGAUGGCAUUAGUGCCAUCUUCAGAGCACAAAGCAGUUCUUCUCAUGAAUAAACUAGGAAUGAAUCGCCAGGAUUUGUUGAACCUCCCAUGUGGUAUUGGCUUGAUAUUGGGCUGUGCGGUACAGAAUGUAACUGAAUCAGGCGUGCAAGGUUGGCCUCUCGGCGCGUGCCGUUUGAUUUCCAGGCUUGACUUGGUACCUGGUGAAAACAAUGAGGAACUUUCCCAACACCACCCCAAUCCAGAAGAGAUAUUAACUUUAAGGUUCAAUAAGGAUCAGAGGGUAGAAGAAGCGAGGAGAUUGCUAAAUUCAUCUGAACCGGUUACAAUCAAUGUUACUCAAAGGUCAGACGUCACUGACAUUGAAUUUGUUGAAGAACAAGAGAGAUGUUUGUAUGCAAUAUGUACACGAACGAUGGCACUUCCUGUUGGCAGAGGCAUGAUGGACUUGCACACAACAGUUCCUGUUGUAAUUACUGAGCAGUUGAAUAUACCAAAGCUUUGUUUAGUUGGAAAAGCACCUCCAAGAGGAACUACAGUAGAACUGAAUCAUAUUGAAGUUGUUCCAAAUAUGAAUCUUUGGCCCUUGUUUCACAAUGGUGUAGCCGCAGGUUUGAAAAUUUCUCCUUUAUCCAAGAACAUUGAUUCAACAUGGAUACUUUACAAUAAGCCGAAGAAUGGUAUUGAUGCUUUACCUGAACACGCCGGCUUUUUAAUGGGCCUCGGAUUAUCCGGACAUCUAAACAACUUAAUGCAUCUUUACUUGUACAAUUAUUUGAACAAGUGCCACGAAAUGACAAGUGUUGGUAUUCUAUUAGGUCUUGCCGCUUCCAAAAGAGGUACAAUGGAUGUACGAGUUACAAAACUGUUCAGCCUGCAUAUAGAAUCACUUCUCCCACCGACGUCGAUUGAGCUAAAUCUUGUACAGAACAUUCAGGUCGCAGCACUGCUUGGCAUCGGCCUUGUGUACCAAGGGACAGGUCAUAGGCACAUAGCUGAAGCCCUUCUUUCUGAAAUAGGUCGACCACCGGGACCAGAAAUGGAAAACAGUUGUGAUCGAGAAUGUUACUCGUUGGCAGCUGGCUUGGGCUUAGGUCUUGUCGUUUUGGGCAAAGGCGCUGAUCCCACCACACUCGCAGAUCUCGAUUUAGCUGAUACCCUUCAAUAUUAUAUGAUUGGAGGUCAUAGGAGACCUUUGACCGGGUCACAAAAGGAAAAGUACAAAUCGCCGAGUUACCAAAUUAGAGAAGGUGAUUGUGUUAAUAAUCAUGUCACAGGCCCAGGAGCAACUCUUGCACUUGCUAUGAUGUACUUCAAUACUGGCAACAUUGCUAUAGCAAAUUGGUUGGAGGCACCUGAUUCAGAGUACAUGUUGGACUUUAUAUGCCCGGACCAACUUUUACUGAGGACAUUGGCCAAAGGGCUUGUGAUGUGGGACCAAAUCAUUCCGACGGUUUCUUGGGUCGAAGCACAUAUUCCUGCCUCGAUACGACCUUACUGCCUCGUCAAACCUAGGGAAGGCCUUGAAGAUGUGGACUUAGAGACGAUGUCACAAGCUUACUGCCAUAUAAUAGCUGGAGCGUGUAUGGCAUUGGGGCUGAGGUUUGCGGGUUCAGCUAAUAACAGAGCAUUUGAAACUCUUUUGCAUUACUGCAAGCUUUUCACAUCCCUUUCGUCAAAGUCAAUAGCAGAAUUGGCCGGGAAAUCAACUAUAGAGACGUGCAUUUGUGUCACCCUCUUGUCGCUCUCUGUCGUAAUGGCCGGAACAGGAGAUUUAGAAGUAUUGAGGCUGUGUCGGCAUCUUGGCUCAAGAGUUGGACAAGUCACAAACUCCGUUGUUACUUAUGGAUCUCAUUUAGCUGUGCAUAUGGCGCUCGGUUUGCUUUUCCUUGGUGGAGGUAGUCUCGGACUCUCAACAAGGCCGGAAUCAGUGGCUGCUAUGAUUUGUGCCUUUUUCCCCCGUUUUCCCACCCAUUCUAAUGAUAACAGAUACCACCUUCAAGCCUUUAGACAUCUUUACGUUCUUGCUGUCGAGCCUAGACUUUUCUUACCUAAAGACAUUGAUCAUGGAUCAUUAUCUUAUGUAAACUUGAAAGUCGUUUAUCUAGACACACCUUACUAUAAAAAUCAAAGCAUUAAAUUAUUUGCACCUUGUUUACUUCCAGAGCUUCACUUGCUUAAAGAGGUUAAAAUUGAAGAUGAAAGAUAUUGGUCAAUUGUGUUUACAAAAGGGAAAAAUUGGACUCAGUUAGAGGAAACAUUAAAAAAAGGUGGCACGAUAGGGAUCAAAUUGAGAGCUGGAUGCCUUCCUUAUGCGGACGAUCCACACGGAUAUAAGACAUUACUCGCUCAGACCAUUUCCACAGACACUGCUUCAUCGUGGACAACUUCUGCUGAAGCUAUUCAGGCUUUUGUCCUAGACAAAACUUGUAAUUUUCCAAAACACUUUCUGGAAACUAGUGAAAACGACAGCAAGAUCACAAAUCGUGAACUUAAGUUAAUACAAUGGAUGUCAAAUAUAUGUUACGAGUGUGUGACAAAAAAUAAACUCCCUUUGCUCGAUUACUGGAUCAAUUUGCUAACUGAGGUAAUGCGACUAAAAUAUUUACCGUCUUCUAUCAUAUCAUGGCAGAUUCGUUUAGCAAUUGCACACGGCAUAAAACUGCCACAAUCGCAUUUACAGGCUGAUCAUAUUAUGGCUAUCAAUCAAUAUAUUAAGGCUAUGUUCAAGGAAUGGCAACUGACUCAUUCCGAUAUACUUUUGCAUUACUUGAAAGGACAAAGGGUCAAAGAUAAACGCCAGACUUUACCUAUGCUGACAUCGUACUUAACUUUUUAUGGAAUGCCAAAUGAAAUCGUACUAGAAAAACUUCAAAAAGAAGGAAAAUCUAAAUUGUGCAAUUUAGUGCAAGCUGCAAGUAAAGAAGGUUGCCGAUUGCCUACUUCUGUUCUUAAACUUCUUUGGGACCUAUUUAGAAUUUGUAAUGUGUAAAUAUUGUACAAUUUUUAAUAUAUAUUUGUAUAAAUAUAUUUUUGUUAUUUUGUA